GUGAAUGAAUUAUAUGGUAGUCUGAGAGCGGCACAAACAGCAUUUCAUACAGCUAUCAGUGAUCUCGAUGUGUCAUUAAAUGGUAAAGUUGAUCAGUUCAAGGAAGCUUUUAAGGCUUAUGGUACUGGAAAAGACAAUAGUCCCAACAGGUUUCAAAGAUGGUUUUGGAAGCUUCGUCAUGAGAUUACUCAUGAGCCAAUUGUUUGGGAGAAACCAGACGGAAGUGGAUCUGUUUACAUAAAUUGGGGACAAAAAACUUGCGAUUCAUCGAACGGGCAGAAAGUAGAACUUUUGUACUCAGGCCAAGCUUCCGGUCCUCUCACCAAAGCUUGGGCAGGAGGCAGAGAUUACAAGUGUUUACCACAAUCUACACCUGCUUUAUCCAAUCCUCUAGCCAUGCAGCCAAAACCUGCUCUAAUCGACUCAGUAGAGUAUCGUACUCUCAUAGAGCCUGAUAAAUCUGGACCUAUUCCAUGCGCAGCUUGCUUGCUUACUGAGAUCAUCGGGAUUAAAACAUUCUAUGCUCAAACAUCUUGCCCUAAGAAUUGGAGGAAAGAGUAUGCUGGUUUGACAAUGGCUGAUAGUGGAUCCAAUGUUGAUGCUGAUUUUAUAUGCCUGAAUAAAGAAAUUUACUCUACCUCUGCAGUGAAUGAAGGAGGAAAUUCAGUUGCUAAGUUAAAUCCCGUUUGGAUGAAUUGCGAGAAUUGCGAUGGUGACAAAGUUGUUCCUUGCGUUGUCUGCAGUUAUCUUAACAAGGUUGAAGUCUAAAUCUCUAAGUGAUUAAAAUUUUAGAAUAAAAAAAAGUUGUAUUUCUGUCAAUAAAGCAAUUUCUAGACACA